AGCAGCGUUUUCGGCCGCCAUCAAACGAAAGUGGCGGAAUAGAUAGUUCCGUCUGUUAACCAAAAUCUAUUUCUCCCAAGCAGUGGUUCUCACAACUCUUCUGUAGUUUUCUGAGACUUGGUUUUAAUUAUUAUACCAUAGAUCAUAGAAUACCUCUUCAAGCUUUAUUUCAGUGUGCGUCACCUAAAAACUUGAUGCAUGCAUUCCGUAUCUUAAAACCUUCCUUCAACCCAACGUUGACUAGAUCUUGUAGCGCACAGAGAACUACAGAAAUAUAGGUUUCAAUUAUUAGCUUCGUGAGAAAGCAAAGGGGACGAGUGGGAGGACAACAUUGAGGAAUGGAUGAUCAAGUCUGUGGAAGACAAGUCUACUUUCUGUGGAGAGACCAUCUUUUCCCUUUGCAACUUCUUGUGUGACUAAAGAGGCCAAUCCUUGAUACACAGCUGCGGUCACAGGUUGGGCAUAUGUAGGCUUAUCACCAGGCACCGUUGCAUUUUCACCCUUCUUUCUACUGCUGUUGUGUAUGACAUCUGCAAUCCGGGACCUUUCCUUUAUGCUCGCUUUCCAUGUGGAUCUAUCCAGAGACACUCUUUUCCAGCUGCUAGUGUAGAUUUUCAAGAGAUUCAUGUCGCGUUUGCAUACAUGUGCAUAUCGUAAAGGUUGACGACCAGCGGCUCUCCUGCCUUCUGUUAGAUCGCCAUACAGAGUGUCUUGUGGAAGUCGACCUUCUGGCAUUCUAUGAACCCCAAAUUGCGAUGGCUUUCCAUCCCUAGUCUACCUUAAUGAUGACAAAAGACGGGGGAAUGGAAAAAAGAAGGUCGACAGAUUAUGUGUGGUGACAGGUGAAGAUGGAGGUAAAAGAGAAAAAAAAUAUCUAUACUUUAAAAAAAAUAAAAAAAUAUCAAAAAUAUAUAUUACAUUCGAAAUAACCUAGCGCAUGGUUGGAUGCCUUGCAGUGUAUCACGUAAUGGCGAAUAACCCCCGAUGCAGGUCGAAACAGGGUUUGCGUAGUCAUGUGAAACACUGCAGUCAACCUUAAUCUUCAGAAUCGAAUAAAUUGUCAUUAUUAUUAGACUUUAAAAAUUGUAAUGACUACAUCUAUGUGAAUUUAUGUGAAUCUGUGUGAAUUUAAAAUUCCGAAGUCAGUCGCGCGACUUACCGCUAUGCCGCCGGCCUACGCAUCACUACAAUGUCAUGUGUCUUAUUAUAAACGUCUCCUCCUAUUCAUUUUAUUCUUUCACCUUUGCCUACUUCUAUGGGUUAUCGCUGAAUCGUUUAGUUCUAGAAUUUAGGGCUAAGUUCUAGUCUAGACCUACGUAGGUACGAUUUUAUAAAAAAAUGAAGGGGGAGGGGAGGGAAGAGGAAUUUGAACAGUUGGCAACACCAGAAGAAAGGUAAUAUUUUAGAGUUACCUUUUCCUACAAAAUGGCGUUGUUUUCGUCAUUGGAUAUUUUGAGUUAGUCACUGAAAGUGAUUAAUCAAUGAUCUAGAUUCUAUAUUUAUCGUUUUUAUAAACAAGAGGAAGUUGGGAGACUAACGUCUUUUCCAACAAUGCCAGUCAGAGACAGGUUAAAUGAACUCCAUCAGCAGUUAGAAUUGCUAGAAAAAGAAAAAAAACCCGGAAAAGGUAGCUUAGGUAAAAAAAUGGAGAAAGAAAAAACAAUGCAAGCAUUUCUAAACGACGCUAGUAAAAUCGAAUCAGAUCUGGUAAAGAUGAAAGCAGAUGUUGCUGAAAUAAAGAAACUACAGCAGGAUAUGCUUAGUACACCAUUCCAAGAUAAAGCAAAUGUUACAAAAUAUGAGUCUUUAAGUGAGCAGGUUCGAAUGGAUGCUACAAAGAUUGGUACUUCACUUAAAAGUUUGGAGAAAAAAUAUGAAAUUCAAAAUCUGUCUGAUGACAGUGCAUUUACUCGUGUUCGAACACAACAGUUAAACACUCUUACUACAGAUCUCAACCUUUCAACUAAUGAAUUCUUUAAAAUUCAAGCGGAAUAUGUGGAUAAAAUGAAAUCUCGGUUACGCCGUCAGCUGAGUGCCAAGGGAGAACCUAUUGAUGAUUCAAAAAUUAACACUAUUAUGGAUGAGAAUUCAUACUCUGUGUUUACAGAGAACUAUAUCACUGAUGUUUCCAACGCAGAACAAACACUUAGAGAUUUAGAAGGUCGUCAAAAGGAUAUUCUUGCUUUAGAGAAAAGUAUCACUGAAGUAAACCAGAUAUUUAAGGACAUGAACUUGCUGAUUACAACUCAGGGAGAGACACUGGAUACCAUUGAGAGUGCCAUUGAAAACACAACAGUUCAUGUAGAAGGUGGUAAAAAGGAGUUACAAAAAGCCAGAGAAUAUCAGUCAAGAGCUAGGAGAAAGAAAUGUUGCAUUAUCAUCAUUAUCAUUACAGUUCUUGGAAUACUAGCUCUGAUCAUUGGACUUUCUAUUACAUAUGGUUAAUAGUGUUUUAGUUAUGUUGGGGGGGGGAAAUGUGUUCUUUGUCAAUAGAUGUUUUUAUAUAUAUAGAUCUGUAUAUAUAUAUAUAUAAUAUAAAAUAUUGAUAGUCAAAAUUAUAUACUAUAGACGUUGACAAACUUUUGUACCUAAAAGAGCAUUUUGUUAAAAGUCAUCAUUAAUAGUUAUUUGCAUAAUUAGAAUAAAUGGAUAAUUUAAGUGUCUUAGACUUAUAGAUAUAAUUAUUGGGACACACUUUUGUAACUUGGUUGCUAUGUGGAGAUUUCUUUUAAUUAGCAGAGAUUAGUACCUCAUUAACAGAAAAACAGAAUAAACUCUGUACAUUUUGUUGUGUGUAUCAUGUUGUAGGUAUUAUUUUUCAAAGUAUUACUUCUAUAGCAAGUUAAGAGUUAAAAAAAAAUUAAAAAAUUCAACUGAUUUAUAAUGUGGCUAAUUAAAAGAACUAGAACUGGUAUUCUUGCUGUAAAUAUUUCAAAAACUUUUUAAAGAUCUUCUUAUACAUGUGUGUUGCCUAUUAGCAUUAGUACAGAUAAAACCUUUUUAUAUUCUUUUUCAUCAGAUCAGUUUAUUAUAUAACUUUUGAAUACCAUAGAAGUAAUUAUUUUAUUAAACUCUAUAUGUAGAUUCUACAAACCACAAAAUUAAAAAAAAACUUUUUUAAAAACUUUGAUUUUGAAGAACAGAACAAUCUUUUUCUUUAACUUACUGAAAAGCCUGUUAACAAUUGUAAUGUAUGUGGCUUAUAUUUUAUUAUCUCAGAACUCUUUUUCUAAAAGUCUAGAAUUGUAUGCGUCAUGUGCCAUAAAUAAUCAGGUAUUGUUUUGUAAAACAUGUUUUAUUUAAAUAUUUCCUCAAUGUCUUUAAAGACUUUAUAUUAUAAUAGAAAAAAAAUGCAAAGAACUUUGAAAUGAAAUGAUGUACCGGUACUUAGAAAAACAACAACCAACAAAUUAGAAUAAAAUACUUGACAGUUGUUCUACUUUCUUUUACAAUUUUGCAUCAUUAUUUAAGGUAAUCAGCAAAUUUUAUUUUUAUUGAAUUUAAGGGGCAUCGCCAUAAAAAAUCUUUGUGUGUACGUUUGUACCGUAUUUUAAGUGGAACCAUCGUAUAAAUAUAUAAUCAAGUAUGUAUAUGAAUGAUUUGGUCACUGCUUUGUUAGUACAAGAAUUUAUUAUGACUAUUAAUUUUCUAGGCUCUAGAACUUGAUUUCUGGCAUUAUAAAUAAGUACACAUAUAAUGAGUUAUAUAACAUGGUUUGACUCAACCAAUGUGUUUGUAAAUAUAGAAAAUGCAAUUUGUUGUAACUAGUUUUUUAACAUUCAUGCUUGCACAUAUAUAUAAUAUUGAUCAUCAAGUUGUAUGCUAAAUUAAUAAUUAAAGUCAUUUUUUCUUACUUGUGCAUUUUUUUGUAAUUUUUUUUUUUUAUGUUAUCUUUUUUUUUUUUUUUUUUUGAAAGAUUUAUUGUUUCAAUUGUUGUAAGCCUUUUAUUGCAUUAUAUAUAGUUUUGUUGUGUAUUAUGCACUUUAAAAAAAACAACAUUCCAUAAUUUAGAUUUUUGCCUUUUUUAGUCCAGUCAAUAGAAACAUUGUAUAUUCACAUUCUGUAUGACAUUUCAAUCAAAUAGUUUUUUUCUGUAAUUUUAUAGAUAGAUAGGUUUACUGGGUAUAAAAUUGCUAGAAAAUUUAUGUAUUUGAUCUCAUAAGAAUUUCUAAAUUCUACAAUAGAACAUCAAGUGAAUAGAUGGUAAUUAUUUCUCCCCCCCCCCCUUUUUUUUUUUACUAUGCCACAAUUUAACAAUUGUAAUUAGCUGCUAAGAAUAAAACUUUCUGUUCAGAUUGUCAGCGUGAAGUUGAUGCUCUCCUGCUAGCUCUAUAUUUUGUUUUUCUAUCACCUCUUUGCCUUUUCAUGUCAUUGAAGUAUCAGGCUAUUUAUAAUUAAGCUGCUUGUUAAGCUGAGUAGAUGCUUGACUGGGCACAUUUUACUUAAAUAAUCUCAGCCUCUCACCCACUAUAUUAUAAACCUCUUACUGUGAACGUCACCUGGUGUGUGAUAGAGAAUAGAAAUACAUGGUCAUGUUUUAAGGCUUCACCAGUACCAUAAAAUGUUGGCAGUCCGCUUUUGUUGAUCUUGAAAAUCUUUUUUUAUUGGGUGUGCUUCUAAAUGCCAUAAAGUUUUCACAAGUAUCAUAAAUCUUCAUUUGUACAUCUGGACAUACACUGGAACAUAACUAAUCUUGAGAUGCCAAAACUAUGUUAGCAUUUGUUCCCCUAUGUUUAUUAACCAGCUGGGUACUUUUGUAUUGUAAAUUUUCUUUAUAUACUGGUAUUUAAUUAUUUUAUUGAAAGAAAGUCUAUUUCUUAUUUUUUAAAAGUAGACAAUUUGAUAGCAAAUGAUUGAAGAAGAGAGAUUUGUAAUUUAAAAACAUUUGUUUAUAUUUCAUAUGACAGUUCUCAACCAUAAUUUAUUGUUGUAUAUAUUUUUUUAAUCAUUAAAUUUUAUAUAAUGA